AUGAAAUUUAGCCUUUUCAUGCUUCCAGCUCUGGCUGGAAGUGCCUUGGGUGCUGCCAUCCAACCUGAGGCUCUCGCUCCUGAACUUGAAAAGAGAGCCGAAGAUUCAACCCUUUCCACCAUUGUCACAGCCACAGCCGCAGAUGGUUCAUGGACUUCUACAUACUGGUCUUUCUGGCUUGCUGGAUCUACAGCUACAGCUACUGGUGGUUCCGGUUCCGGUUCUGGCUCUGGUGACGGCUCUACUCUUUCUUCACUUGUCACUGCUACCGCUGCCGAUGGUUCAUGGACUUCUACUUACUGGUCUUACUGGCUUGCUGGUUCUACCGCUACUGGUGGUUCUGGUUCUGGCUCUGGUUCCGGUGAUGGCUCUACUCUUUCUUCACUUGUCACUGCUACCGCUGCCGAUGGUUCAUGGACUUCUACUUACUGGUCUUACUGGCUUGCUGGUUCUACUGCUACUGGUGGUUCUGGAUCUGGCUCUGGUUCCGGUGAUGGCUCUACUCUUUCUUCACUUAUUACUGCUACCGCUGCCGACGGUUCAUGGACUUCUACUUACUGGUCUUACUGGCUUGCUGGUUCUACCGCUACUGGUGGUUCUGGCUCUGGCUCUGGUUCCGGUGAUGGCUCUACUCUUUCUUCACUUAUUACUGCUACCGCUGCCGACGGUUCAUGGACUUCUACUUACUGGUCUUACUGGCUUGCUGGUUCUACCGCUACUGGUGGUUCCGGUUCCGGUUCCGGUUCUGGCGAUGGCUCUACUCUUUCUUCACUUAUUACUGCUACUGCUGCCGAUGGUUCAUGGACGUCUACUUACUGGUCUUACUGGCUUGCUGGUUCUACCGCUACUGGUGGUUCCGGUUCCGGUUCCGGUUCUGGCGAUGGCUCUACUCUUUCUUCACUUAUUACUGCUACUGCUGCCGAUGGUUCAUGGACGUCUACUUACUGGUCUUACUGGCUUGCUGGUUCUACAGCUACUGGUGGCUCCGGUUCCGGUUCCGGUUCUGGCUCCGGCACUGAAUCUACUCUCUCCUCACUCAUCACUGCCACUAAUGCUAACGGUGACCCCACUGCCACUUACUGGUCUUACUGGAUUGUCCCAGUUGCUACUGGCACUGGUUCAGUCACUUCUUCCAGUCUGGUGACUGCUACUGAUGCUGCUGGUAAUCCCACUGCCACUUACUGGUCUUACUGGCUUGUCCCUGUUGGUGGUUCUGGAUCUGGUGCUACUGCCACUGAAUCUACCCUCUCCUCACUCAUCACUGCCACUAAUGCUAACGGUGACCCCACUGCCACUUACUGGUCUUACUGGAUUGUCCCAGUUGCUACUGGCACUGGUUCAGUCACUUCUUCCAGUCUGGUGACUGCUACUGAUGCUGCUGGUAAUCCCACUGCCACUUACUGGUCUUACUGGCUUGUCCCUGCUGGUGGUUCUGGAUCUGGUGCUACUGCCACUGAAUCUACCAUUUCUUCUCUCGUCACCGCCACUGAUGCUGCCGGUAAUCCCACUGCCACUUACUGGUCUUAUUGGAUCGUCCCUGUUGCUACUGGCACUGGUUCAGUUACCUCUUCCAGUCUGGUGACUGCUACUGAUGCUGCUGGUAAUCCCACUGCCACUUACUGGUCUUACUGGCUUGUCCCUGCUGGUGGUUCUGGAUCUGGUGCUACUGCCACUGAAUCUACCAUUUCUUCUCUCGUCACCGCCACUGAUGCUGCCGGUAAUCCCACUGCCACUUACUGGUCUUAUUGGAUCGUCCCUGUUGCUACUGGCACUGGUUCAGUUACCUCUUCCAGUCUGGUGACUGCUACUGAUGCUGCUGGUAAUCCCACUGCCACUUACUGGUCUUACUGGCUUGUCCCUGCUGGUGGUUCUGGAUCUGGUGCUACUGCCACUGAAUCUACCAUUUCUUCUCUCGUCACCGCCACUGAUGCUGCCGGUAAUCCCACUGCCACUUACUGGUCUUAUUGGAUCGUCCCUGUUGCUACUGGCACUGAUUCAGUUACCUCUUCCAGUCUGGUGACUGCUACUGAUGCUGCUGGUAAUCCCACUGCCACUUACUGGUCUUACUGGCUUGUCCCUGCUGGUGGUUCUCCAGUUACUUCUUCCACAACUACUGCCUCUGAAAUUAUCUUGACUGACUCCAAUGGUGUCCCCACUGCUACUUCCACUUCUUACUGGCUUGUUCCUGUUGUCCCCGAAACUACUUCUUAUACCACUUCGGCCUCUGAAGUUGUUUUGACUGACUCCAAUGGUGUCCCCACUGCUACUUCCACUUCUUACUGGAUCGUCCCUGUUGUUCCCGAAACUACCUCUUUUACCACUUCGGCCUCUGAAGUUGUUUUGACUGACUCCAAUGGUGUCCCCACUGCUACUUCCACUUCUUACUGGAUUGUCCCUGUUGUCCCUGAGACAACUUCUACCACCGAGUCAUCUGUUGAGUCUGAUUCCGAAUCUACUUCUGCUGAGUCUGUUUCCGAGUCCACUUCUGCCGAGUCUGUUUCUGAAUCUUCUGCUGUUGAGGUUUCUGAGUCCACUUCUACCGAGUCUGUUUCCGAGUUUUCUACUUCUGCCGAGUCUGUUUCCGAAUCUACCUCUGCUGAGUCUGUUUCCGAAUCUACCUCUGCUGAGUCUGUUUCCGAAUCUACCUCUGUUGAGUCUGUUUCCGAGUCCACUUCUGCCGAGUCUGUUUCUGAGUCCACUUCUACCGAGUCUGUUUCCGAAUCUACUUCUGCUGAGUCUGUUUCCGAGUCUUCUACUGCUGUUGAGGCUUCUGAAUCCACUUCUGCUGAGUCUGUUUCUGAAUCUACUUCUGCCGAAUCUGUCUCUGAGUCUUCUACUGCUGUUGAGGUUUCUGAGUCUACAUCUGCCGAGUCUGUUUCCGAAUCUUCUACUGCUGUUGAGUCUGUUUCCGAGUCUACUUCUGUCGAGUCUGUUUCUGAAUCUACUUCUGUCGAGUCUGUUUCUGAAUCCACUUCUGCUGAGUCUGUUUCCGAAUCCACUUCUGCUGUUGAGACUGUUUCCGAGUCUUCUACUGCCGUUGAGACUGUUUCCGAAUCUACUUCUGCUGAGUCUGUUUCCGAAUCCACUUCUGCUGAGUCUGUUUCCGAAUCCACUUCUGCUGAGUCUGUUUCCGAGUCUUCUACUGCUGUUGAGGUUUCUGAGUCCACUUCUGCUGAGUCUGUCUCUGAGUCUUCUACCUCUGCUGAGGUUUCUGAGACCGUUGUCGUUUCCGUCUCUGAGUCUGUUGCUUCUAUCGAGUCCUCUGUUGCUCCUGUUGUUUCCUCUGAUGUUAUCUCUGAGGUCGUUUCAGUUUCCGCCUCCUCAGUUGAAGCCGUUUCUGAGACUGUCGUUCCGAUUGAGUCUUCUGAAAUCGCUUCUGAGUCCGGUAUUGUUGUCACCGUCACUUCAACUUAUACUACUACUUACGUUACAUCUGAGGCUAGUACUUCCACUACUGUUACCAAGCCAGUUACUACCACCUACACUACUACUAUCUAUACUCAGGAAACCACUAGUGCUCCUGAGGUUAUCACAACUACAAGUAGCGUUGUUAAGACUAUUACUUCAACUAUUACCAACACUUAUACCAGCACUUACACUACUCUUGUUGAUGAAGUUACUGUCACUGUCACUGAGCCUUCUGAGUCUACUUACGUCACUACUAUCACUGAGUCCGCUGUUGUCACUGUCACCACUACACGUGGCUCUGACUCUGAUUCUGGUUCUGGUUCUGGUGUUGUCACUGUCACUACUACCAAUGAAUCCGGUGAAGUUAUUACCACUACUGUUCCUGCUGGCUCUGGUUCCGGUUCCGGUUCUGGUGUCUACACCCUUUACACUACCUAUACUACUGUCAGCAAUGGUGUCACCGUCACUGUAACUGAACCUUGCUCCACCGUUACUCCUGGUUCCGGCUCUGGUGUUGUCACUGUUACUACUACCAACGGUGCUGGUGAAGUUAUUACUACCACAGUCCCUGCUGGCUCUGGUUCUGGUUCCGGCUCAGGUUCAGGUUCAGGUUCAGGUUCAGGUGUUGUCACUGUUACUACUACCAAUGAAUCCGGUGAAGUUAUUACUACUACUGUUCCUGCCGGCUCUGGAUCUGGUUCUGGCGUUGUCACCAUUACUACUACCAACGGUGCUGGUGAAGUUAUUACUACCACUGUCCCUGCCGGUUCUGGUUCUGGUUCUGGUUCAGGUUCAGGUGUUGUCACUGUUACUACUACCAACGGUGCUGGUGAAGUUAUUACUACCACAGUCCCUGCUGGCUCUGGUUCUGGUUCCGGCUCUGGUUCAGGUUCUGGUUCAGGUUCAGGUGUUGUCACUGUUACUACUACCAAUGAAUCCGGUGAAGUUAUUACUACUACUGUUCCUGCCGGCUCUGGAUCUGGUUCUGGCGUUGUCACCAUUACUACUACCAACGGUGCUGGUGAAGUUAUUACUACCACAGUCCCUGCUGGCUCUGGUUCUGGUUCCGGCUCUGGUUCAGGUUCUGGUUCAGGUUCAGGUGUUGUCACUGUUACUACUACCAAUGAAUCCGGUGAAGUUAUUACUACUACUGUUCCUGCCGGCUCUGGAUCUGGUUCUGGCGUUGUCACCAUUACUACUACCAACGGUGCUGGUGAAGUUAUUACUACCACUGUCCCUGCCGGUUCUGGUUCUGGUUCUGGUUCAGGUUCAGGUGUUGUCACUGUUACUACUACCAACGGUGCUGGUGAAGUUAUUACUACCACAGUCCCUGCCGGCUCUGGCUCUGGCUCUGGCUCUGGCUCUGGCUCUGGCUCUGGCUCUGGCUCUGGCUCUGGCUCUGGCUCUGGCUCUGGCUCUGGCUCUGGCUCUGGCUCUGGCUCUGGCUCUGGCUCCGGAUCUGGGUCUGGUUCUGGGUCUGGUUCUGGCUCCGGUAUCUACACUCUUUACACUACUUACACUGCUGUCAGCAAUGGUGUCACUGUCACUGUCACUGAACCUUGCUCCACCGUUACUCCUGAUUCCAACUCUGGUGUUGCCACUAUUACCACUACCAACGGUGCCGGUGAAGUUAUUACUACUACAAUCCCUGCCGGCUCUGGAUCUGGAUCUGGAUCUGGAUCUGGCUCUGGCUCUGGCUCUGGCUCUGGCUCUGAGGGUGCUGUUUCUACUAUCACUAUCACUUCAACUCUUGGCUCCGUCUCUAGCUCCGGCUCCGGCUCUGGAUCUGGCUCAGGUGUUGCUACUGUCACUACUACCAACGGUUCUGGUGAAGUUAUUACUACCACAGUUCCUACCGUUUCUGGCUCUGGCUCUGGCUCUGGCUCUGGCUCUGGUUCUGGAUCUGGAUCUGGAUCUGGAUCUGGAUCUGGUUCUGGCUCUGGCUCUGGCUCUGGCUCUGGCUCUGGCUCUGGCUCUGGCUCUGGCUCUGGCUCUGGUUCUGGAUCUGCCGUUUCUACCAUCUACUCCACUAUUACCACCGUUUCUGAGGGCGUUACCGUUACCGUUGUCGUUCCUUGCGAGACAGUCUACAGCACUUCUGUGUCCGCCCCAGCUGGCUCUGGUGAGACUACUGCUACUUCAGCUGCUCCCUCUGCUCCUACCGGUGCUGCUUCAUCUAGCGCUGUUCCCUCCAGUGCUGCUCCUUCCAGUGCUGCUCCUUCCAGUGCUGCUCCUUCCAGUGCUGCUCCUUCCGGUGCUGCUCCUUCCGGUGCUGCUCCUUCCAGUGCUGCUCCUUCCGGUGCUGCUCCUUCCAGUGCUGCUCCUUCCAGUGCUGCUCCUUCCGGUGCUGCUCCUUCCAGUGCUGCUCCUUCCAGUGCUGCUCCUUCCGGUGCUGCUCCUUCCAGUGCUGCUCCUUCCGGUGCUGUUCCAUCUAGCACUGUUCCAUCCGGUGCUGCUCCUUCCGCCGGCACCACCCUUUCACCUUCUGCUUCGGCUCCAUCAUACGCCGUUCCUCAGGUGUCUUCACCUUCCUCCACUUCCACCAUUGAGCAAGUCAACGGUGGUUCUGCUGUCUCGGUCAGCCUUGCUGUCCUUGUUGGCUCAUUCAUUUCCUGCAUCCUCCUUGUUUAA